CCGUUAAAAAAGCUUGACUACCUCGCCGUCAGCUAGUAGAAAAAAACCGAAACGGGGGAAAGGAAAGGAAAGGAAAUGGCGUUCUCGGAGAAGAGAGAAAACAACGGCGCCGCCGAAGACAGCAAUCACUCUCGCCUAAUCAAGCUCCGGGAAUUCGACGACACCAAAUUAGGCGUCAAGGGGCUCGUGGACGCCGCAGUCGCCAAGGUGCCGGAAAUAUUCAGGAUCAGCAACAACAACAAACACCAACUACCUUCCGACCUCGACCACAGCUCCUCCGGCUCGGUGCUCACCAUUCCGGUCAUAUAUCUCAAGCACCCAAAUACUACGGCGGCAGCGGCGGCGGUGCGCAGAGAGAUUGUCGGCGGGAUCCGCGGCUCAUGCGAGGAGUGGGGGUUCUUCCAGGUGGUCAAUCACGGGAUCCCGGAGGGGAUUCUGGAUGAGAUGAUCCAAGGGGUCCGGAGAUUCCACGAGCUGGACCCGGAAAUCAAGAAGCGGUACUAUACCCGAGACCUGAUCUCCGGGUUUUUUUUGGUUUCCAACUUCGAUCUGUAUCGGUCCGCCGCCGCCAGCUGGCGCGACACGAUGGGUUGCGUCGCCGCUCCGGAUCUUCCCCCGCCGGAGCAGCUCCCCGACGCAACCAGGGGACAUAUUGAUCGAAUACAGUAAACAAGUGAAGCGACUGAGCAAGACAAUCUUGGAGCUCCUGUCAGAGGCCCUGGGUCUGGAACCCAACCGGCUGAACCAACUGGGUUGUGGGGCGGGACAGCUGCUCCUUGGCCACUACUACCCAGCAUGUCCUGAACCGGAGGUGACCAUCGGGGUGACGGACCACACCGAUGCCAGCUUCAUCACCAUCCUUCUCCAGGACCAAAUCGGAGGCCUCCAAGUUCUUCAUCGCAACAAGUGGGUCGAUGUCCAGCCGAGGAAGGGCGCUCUAGUCGUCAAUCUCGGUGACCUUCUCCAGCUCGUAUCGAAUGACAAGUUUAUUAGCGUGAGCCACAGGGUCGUACCCAAGCGAAUCGGUCCGAGGAUUUCAGUGGCGUGUUUCUUGAGGCCGCUCAUCCACAAAGGGGAUACGGACAGCCCUCCGGUGUACGGACCCAUACCGGAACUGUUGUCGGAAGAAAAUCCUCCGGUGUAUGUAGAAGCAGACGUGAGGGAGUUCAUGAGAAUUCAUUCGUCCAGAGGACUGGAUGAACCGUCGCCGCUCCAACACUUCAGAGUGUAACGAAGCCAACAAUAGCCGGGUCUUGGUCGGAACUUCCCAAUUCCAACAGCUAGGCGUCGGACUUACCUAGUGUUAAGACUUAAGAUCAGGGGCGGAGCUACAGCUGGUCUCGGGGGGGCCUCGGCCCCCCCGAGAAUCGUGAAAGUUACGUCUAAACUGCAUCGAUAUUUUGAAAAUUUCGUAAAAACUAACGAAGACGUAAUAUGUUUAGUGUGCAAAUUUGUUAAAACAUAAUAGUCUUAAUCAAGUGGGGAGGGAGUGAGUUAUGGUGCAGUUGGUUGAGGGUUCGAUACUCAACCUCUCCAAUUCUAUUAAUUUUUAUUUGCUUUUUGUUUUAAUAUAUCUACAUAAUGACUCUUUCAAGUUUCAUGUUAUUGUUUCUUCAUUUCAUUAUUUCAAUAUUAUUUCUUG